CGGCAUUUCACUGUCUCCGCAAAACCCUCCUUCCAGCUUCACGCCUGCCACAGCCUUGUCAAUGGCGUCGGCGUUAGUGCCGGCCUCUUUUUCCCUGGCUCACCCAGCAGCCCGCCGCCCCGUGAAUUCAACCGGCCCCGCGGCGAUGUUAAUGUUACGCCGAGCGGGUCUCGCCACCGUAUGCCCGCCGGAGCGGUCGCUGGGCUCCGAUUGCCUGAGGGCUGGCGCUGACCCGAGGCUGGCGAUCCACGUUGCUUUGCGCUGCCGCUCUGCGUCGUCGACCGGGCGUGGGACGCGCGCCGCGGCGACGAUGACCAAGAAGAGCGUGGGCGAUCUCACCGCAGCGGACCUCGAGGGGAAACGCGUGCUCGUGCGCGCCGACCUCAACGUUCCCCUCGACGACAGCCAGAACAUCACCGAUGACACCCGCGUCCGCGCCGCCAUCCCAACCAUCAAGCACCUCAUUAGCAACGGCGCCAGGGUCAUCCUCACCAGCCAUCUGCAGGAGCUUGAUUACCUUGUAGGAGCUGUUUCAAACCCCAAACGACCAUUUGCUGCUGUUAUUGGUGGCUCCAAAGUGUCAUCUAAGAUCGGAGUUAUUGAAUCACUAUUGGAGAAAUGUGACAUCCUUCUUCUGGGUGGUGGUAUGAUCUUCACGUUUUACAAGGCACAAGGGCACUCAAUAGGUUCUUCCUUGGUUGAAGAUGACAAGCUUGAGCUUGCGACCUCUCUCCUUAGAAAAGCAAAGGAGAAGGGUGUCUCCCUUAUGUUGCCAUUCGAUCUGGUCGUCGCUGAUAAGUUUGCUCCUGAUGCUAGCAGUCAGGUUGUUCCUGCAUCUGCAAUUCCUGAUGCAUGGAUGGGUCUGGACAUAGGUCCAGAUUCGAUUUCGGCGUUCAGUUCUGCCCUGGAAACUACUCAGACAGUCAUCUGGAAUGGACCCAUGGGAGUUUUUGAAUUUGACAAGUUUGCAGUUGGAACCAAGGCAAUUGCAAAGAAGUUAGCCGAGCUUAGUGGCAAGGGCGUCACUACAAUAGUUGGUGGGGGAGACUCCAUUGCAGCUGUUGAGAAGGUGGGUGUCGCCGACUCUCUGAGCCACAUUUCAACUGGGGGUGGUGCAAGUUUGGAGUUGCUGGAAGGGAAGGAGCUCCCAGGAGUAGCUGCACUGGACGAAGCUUAGGAUGACCAAGCUUAGGAUGUCUUCAGGAACAUCACCUAAAUUUCAUUAUCUAAAGAAGCACAUUCUAAAAGAUUUCGUCUUUUAUAUCUUCUCUAUCUCCAGUGUCCUCUAAAUUCGGUUCUCUAUAUUUAUAGUGAUAACAAAAUUCUUAUUCCAAUUU